GCCGAUAAGACUUUGGAAACCUAUAGAUCUGAACUUCUUCUCUACCACGUUUUCUGCAAUGCAAGAAACAUACCAGAACAUGCACGUUGUCCAGCCAGCCCAGAUAUCAUCUCGAGUUUCCUCGCAACAAUUGUCAUGAAUUCACCCCUAUUUUUUGCCUUAUCUUAUCUUAUCAGAUCUUAUCACACCAACUUGUCAUUUGACUCUCAUCAUCAUUUCUCGUACCUGACCUGUAUCAUUCAUGACUCGCUCGGUCACAUGCCCACACCGCAUUACCGGACCACAUCACUGACUCUGUCAUGGGCUCCACUACCAAACAUCGUAGAAGGCAGCACCAUCGGUACAUACUAG